GUGCGUGGAUGGCGUCUGCCCCGUGGGCAUGGGCGAUGAGCAUUGCGUCAGUUUGGGCGACCUUUAUCAAGGCGAGGCGAAAUGUAGCAGUCGGGAGCUUGAGACGUGAGAUGCAAGAAUGGCCAGGGGAAAUCCCGAGUCUGAUCCCAACAACCCCUCCAACCCCAAGACCCGCUACUUACUUCGAUCCGCUUUGUAAUGAUGGGAGAAUCAAGGAGGAACAAAAAAAAGCUUGUCGGGACUAUGGCAGCGAUAGAGACUGCUGCACGGCCUUCCGCCAAGGACAAAGUUGCGAGAAGGGUGGGCAAUUCCAUCCCGGGAGUCGGUUGUUGCCAGAGCUUCGCCGAUGAUGCUGGUUGUAAUGCUGGUGGUGUAUUUGCGGAGGGAGGUCAAUAUCAGGGCUUUUGCGCUCGAUCGUGUUUCUACUGCGGUCCGACACCCACUCCGACACUGAUCCCGCCAACACCAGCUCCGAGCACCAUGGUGCCAUCUAUAAGCCAGGUGCCAACGGCAGUUUGCAAUGAUGGAUUCCUGCAGCGAGAUGCCAAAGACUUCCUGCGAGAUAAGCUAGGGUGGCCAGAGCUCUGCAGAACCACUCAAUCAUCAACUACAUGUUGCCAGGACCUUCAAGAGAGUGGAAGAUGCGAGACUACUCUUGGGCUAGAGGGUAGCCUUUUUGGCUAUUGCGCCAAGACUUGCGGGUACUGUGGAUUUGACGGCUACGAGUUUCAGAGUGAUUACUCGGGUCCUUCCCGGCUUGAGUCCCCUAUCCGAGCCUUAUCAUCUCAUCUCCCGUGCACAAUUCUCAGUAGGCGCACAAGCAUCAACUCCAAGGAUAUGAUGAGCAAGAUCUUAGUCUUGGCAGUCUGUGUGUCUGCCGUGGGCGUAGUGAGUGGUGGAUUCGUUGCGUUUCUUCUAUUCUUGAAUCACGCAUUUGACACCUCAAAUGAUAAACGAGAUAAGGGUAUGAAAGUUGUGGCUCUUUCAGCAACGUUUUUUAUGGCAGCCGCGUUCCUCGCAGUCGGCGCUACCUGCACACCAAAUGUCCAAGUUCGAGGAGCUCCCGCUAGCCUUGGAGACGUGGAAGUCAACGACAUGAAUUUGCGUGUGAUCAACCACGAUGUUCUGAGGAGCAGUGUCAAGUCAUACCGCAUUGUCCACCUAUCGUUCGUGGCCAAGAUAACAGCUCACACUGAGGACUGGGGUGCCCUAACCUCAGUCAAGCUCCACGCCGCAAAGCUGGAGGGGCGCUAUGUCCACGACGACCGAUCUCAAAAGCUUGGAACUAUAAGAUGGGAGUCUACAGACCUUCAGCCAGGUUCAGAGAAAACAUUCACGAGUCUCAUGAACGCAACGUUCACACGUGAUUCCUUCUGGGGAGCCUGGAUGACCACCGACUAUCACAAGAAUGAAGUCGCGCUGGAGUUUGGGCCUAUUGACGCGAAAUUUGACCUUACACCGGAUAAUUUCCUGAUGAGCUGGCUCCUUAAAUCUUCGGACUUAUCCACUUCUUACAGCUAUGAAUGCAACUACACAAUCUUCGUUCAGGCUCUCUUCUACAACUCAAUAUCUUGUGCAGCCCCUCCUCUCACUGACACAAACACAGCACGUCUUCGUGUCGAUAGGCGACUCCAGGUUUUAUCUAAGGCGUGCUACGUUCUCGGGGCUGUCGCUUUUGUCAUCUGCAUGGGGCUGCAACGCCGUUGGUUCCCACCACCAAGGAUAGUCGUUGCAGCUAUCGAAUGCCAUGGGGAGAUACCCCAGGUCGAAGCAAGGAUGAGUGACGCAGAUUUGAGCCGACCGCUCGCCCUCUGCUCUCUCAACUUCGCACUUGCUGAAAUCACUGUAACAGACGCAUCUGGAGCGGCCACGAUGAUACCGGGCACUUCGGAGGAGUCUAGUAUUAUUUAUGAGGUGCACACGCCCGUUGAGCUGGAGGAACAUGAGGUCCGUCUCACCAAGCAGCCCUAUGACCCUUAUCCAGAACUACGAACUUCUGCCAAGCUCCAAGCGAGAACUGAAGAGGGUUUUAAACCUCGAUGUGUGGAGGUUGAGAUGGUGGACUACGCGCUACCCUACGAAGUUAGUAUCGAGGCAGCUUUGCGCAAGGAUGGGGCUGCUGUUCAAGCCAUUCCUAAUGCUAGCAGACCAAAAUCAAGGGAUUCUAGGGAAUCCGUGACGCGGAACCUGUCUGAUGCUCAAAAUGACACAACAUGGACGACUGGAGGUCACAUCCAAGACCCCCCCCCACACCCCUUGCAGAUGCAUGUUGCGCAAGCUCCUCAUGUUGAGCCUGUCUGUAGUGGGAUGGCCACCUGCUCCACAGCGCAUGCGAUGGAGCGUCUGGGCCAUUCUUCCGGGGCAGAUGAAGACACAAACCUCAUUCACCUUGACGUAGAUUUUCGGCGGGUGCUUCAUUUGUGCCGAAGGAGGGUGGUGGGCGGGCCAAAAAAUAUAAGCCGCGCCACCCCGGACCCCGGGGAAGCGGCGAGCUGGGAGAGGACCACCACAGCCAGAUGUUCCGGUAGAGGUCCCGCGGAUGUUCCGGCCUCCGGCUCUCUCGGCCCCCUCGGUCGCGUGUUCCGCAGCAUCGUCGCCGCCGCUGCCGCCACCGCCGCCGCCGCCGCCGACGACGACGACGACGACGACGACGACGACGCGCGCGUGGGUAUUCGAACCUACAAUCGGACAGAAAACAGCACAGGGGAGGUCAAUAUCGUUCGAUGUGUCAAACUGUCCCAAAACACGCGUAAAAAACGCGUAAAAACGCCAAAAAAAACGCGGUCUAGGAACCCGCGUAAUUUACGUGAGACACGUGGUAGAUCCCUUUUACAAGUUCACUACACUGACUACGAGGAAUUCCCUUUUCAGGUUCAGCCCCGCAACUCUCCUUACGCAUAA